UUUAACUGGCGUUCAUUUGCCUUACGAUACUGUAAUCGUGUUUCGUUUGGUAGAAUCGUCGUUGUGUUUGCAUUAAUUUUAUUUAAUAUAAUAUAAAUUUAUUUAUUUGUGCAUCUACUUCAGCAAGAUGGCUAUGCCGGUUCCUCAGAAAAUCGUGCUCAAAAACAGCACAAGUAUGAGUUUAAAUGACAGAUUCACGAAAAUCAAUAAAGUUAGACCGCCUGUUGCACAGACUGUCACAGUGAACAUGGCAAAUCAACACCAAGCUGCCAUCAAAAAUAGACGUUUAUCCCAACAAAUGGCCAACAGAAACCAGACUUAUGUUAAUAAUGAUCAGUUGAAGCCACCUAUAAAAAGUCGUUUAGGCAUAGCAUCUCGAUUAGGAUUCAAACCAGGUUUUGAACCUAGAAGGGGAAGACAAAUAAUUGGAAGUCUGCUUGGACAAAAUGACUUUCCAGUAUAUACUCCUGUCAGAGGCAGGCCAAUGAGAGGAUUUUUUCAAGGCAGAGGACAAACAAGAGGUCAAAGAGGCUUCAGAGGUGCUAGACUAAACACGAGUUUCAUCCCGAUCUCCAACAGCACGCCAUAUGUCAGACGACCGUGGGGAGGCAGUAGAGGAGGACGAGGAAGAGGAAGAGGUGGUGGUGUUGCUAGAGGUGGUGCAAAUGGUGUGAGAGCAAACAACAAAGUUGAAGUAACAAAAGAUCAGUUAGAUACAGAAUUAGAUGCUUACAUGUCUCAUACCAAUUAAUUCAUAUCUAGCAACAUGUAUAAUUCUUCAAAGUAUUUUUGUGUCGUUCGUUUGUAUAUUGAAAGUUUUUUGUCUCUAUGUAAAUGUCGAAAGAUUUGUAACAAAUCUCAUUUAAAAAUUUUCUGGGCCUAUGGUGGUAAGAUUUUGUUUAGAAAUUGAUUAUUUCAUGUAUAUGAUAUUCGUAGUUAAUUAUUUUGUUAGAACAUUUGACUGAUGCUAUCAGUAAUUAGAUCAUCUUAUGAGCUGACCUAAUAUUCUGGUGGCAUUGUUUGUCUUCAGAAAAGCAUAGCUCAAAUGUAAGAAAUUAAAUUCAAACUUUUUCAUUACUCUGGCACAAAAAUUUCAAAAACACUCAAUAAAAAAGUUUGCUUUAUUUAUUUGUUUCAAUUAUGAUUUUUUUUUAUUUAAUCAGCAAAUUUUCUGACUGGCUGUGUAUUUUUAUAUUUAUAAAAUGGCAUCUUAUGUACAUUUUCAUUAAGAAGUUUGAUAAAUAAAUAAAUGAAUAAAAGUAAAUAUUAUAAUUAAAAAUAAAUCUGAAAUUAGGUUGAUAAAAAUCUUAAUGAUGAUAAU